GGUCUGGGACUCUGAGGCUUGUCCAUCUCAGGAUGACAGGAAGCUGAAUCACAACACAGAACUUCAAAGAAAAAGCUCCCAGUGAGACUGAGGGCGGCUCCGGACCUCACUGGGUCACGUACUGGGACAGAGACCUGCAGAGACCAGAAGCCGGACUACGACAGAAACCACAAAUCGGUGCAGGGUGGAGACCCAAAAACCGGACCGGAUCAGAGAUGGACCGCUGCUGUCUUUUGCUACAGUAGGUCAGUGAUGGCCGCCGGGCUUCUUGGAAGUGGAGGACACCGAGUCAGAUCCGGACCCCAUGUUGGUCAUCAUGGCCUUGUUAGAUGGAAACACCGCGGUUGAGACGCUUCUGGCUGCCAUUCAUCUGGAGAGGUACCUGGACACCUUCCAUGGAGCCGGUCUCCUCUCAGCUCAAGACUUCACACACCUGGACAACGAUGCCUUUGUCAGUCUGGGAAUAACUGCCACUGGACACAGGAAGAGAAUCCUACGAUUGGUCCGUCACCUUCAGCGGAUGGAGAGCCAGAGAGCCAACCAGAAAGCUCAUCUCCCACGGGACCGCUGUCAGUCUGUGUCCGACGUGUCCUCCUCACAGCGAGCUCACUGUCGGUCGUCAGGACCUGUGAACUUUGAGGCGUUCAGGAACUGCUCGGCUCCAAACCUGGCUGACAUGCUGACCGGCUGCGAGGGUGGCCGGCCUUCGGUGAAGCCGGUUCCCAAACCUAGAACCGUCUUUAACCGCCGGAGGACCGCACCCGUCCACUUCUGUGCAGCGACAGACACCACACCGCCCUCCAGAAGGCUUUCCCAGGACUCCAUCUGUUUUUGUGUGUCAGAGGGUAUGACCUCUGUUGACACGCCCACAUCCGACCACAGCUUGACCCUCAAGUCGACUGCGAGUCAGACGGAGAGGAGGAGGCCGGGUCGCAGCUUGUCGCUGUCAGACGCCAGAGGGUCGUUGCCCCCUGUUCCUCCAAGACUGAACCGCGGGGUCUCCUCCGCUAAGUUCCAGGGCUCCCCUUCCUCAUCCUCCUCAUCUUCACCUGUACGGAUUGAGCAGAUUCAGAUACAUCCCGUGACUUCCUGUCCCAGUAGUCUUGACAACAGCCAGCUCACUGGAUCCCCCGGUUCACCCCGAGGUGGUGGCCUGGAGAUGGUCUCCAAUGAAAUCUACUGGGGUACUUCACCUGGUUCUGCUCCUCCCACUCCACUGAGACAAACACCUGAGAAGAACCCUGAAAGGAGCAGCGGCAGCACUUUGAGUAACACCUCUUCCGAAUCAGCUCCAGGUUCAACACACUAUCAGGAGGAGGAGAUCAGCCCUUACUGUGAGACGGUGUUCCAGAGCAGGAGACACCCACUCCCCUGUGAGAGUGAAAGUAGCCGACUGGAGGACAAACUAGCAGAGGAUCAUGGGCCCCAGAAGUUCUCCUGGACCAAGCGUCUGUCCCAGGCUCUCCACUCCGGAGACUCUCAGGGUUACAGCACGGUGGGAGACCCUCCUCAUCCUGCCCGAUACCUCUCCCUGCCCGCCAACAGCUUCUCCCCCGAGGCAGACGAAGACCUCACCAUCUCCCCCUAUGCAAGCUACGCCUCGCUGACAGAGAGAGCCCCGCCCAUCAUCAGCGGCUGGCUGGACAAGCUGUCUCCACAGGGGGGUCAGAGGUCAGUGCUGGCUCCAGUGCUGCAGCUCCUCCUCUCUGCUCCUCCUUGUAUCUUCUUCCUCCUAAGGAGUGGCCUCUGCCUCGUCUUCUUCUUUUCCUUGUCUUCUUCAUCGUCCUCCGCUCGGAACUAUGUUUUCCAGAAGCGCUACGUGAAGUUUGAUGGAAAAAACUUGAUGUACUUUGGCAGUGAGAAGGACAUCUACCCCAAAGGAGUGAUCCCAUUGGCUGCCAUCCAGAUGGCCCGCCCAGCCAAGGACAACAAGUUUGAAGUAGUGACCAGUCACAGGAUCUUUGUUUUCAGGACUGAUAAUGAAGUGCUAAGGCGCCGGUGGGUCGGCACCCUGCAGGAACACGUUAGAGAUCAGCUGGUGUUUGGUCGGCGGCACUUCGGUCCCGGGUCUCACUGUCAGAGACACGGAGUUCUGGAGCUCAAAGGAACUAAGUCCAAGGUUUACGCCGCCAUUAACACAGAGCAGAUCUGGAUCUACAAGAGCGAGCAGUGUUUCCGUAACGGAAUCGGCAUCACGGUGAUUGAGGCUCGAGGAGCGACCAUCAGAGACGGAAAGCACAAGAGCUUCGACCUAAUCACCCCAUACAAAAGCUUCAGUUUCACAGCGGAGUCAGACCGGGAGAAGCGUGAUUGGAUGGAGGCGCUGCAGGAGGCCAUCGCGGAGACGCUGUCGGACUACGAGGUGGCCGAGAAGAUCUGGUCCAAUCGGUCCAACAGGACGUGUGCUGACUGCAGGGCCCCGAACCCGGACUGGGCCUCCAUCAACCUUUGUGUAGUCAUCUGCAAGAAUUGUGCAGGGCAGCACAGAGGUCUGGGGACGAUGGUCUCGAAGGUUCAGAGCCUGAAACUGGACACCAGCGUGUGGAGCAACGAGAUCGUACAGCUGUUCAUCAUGCUCGGGAACGACCGGGCCAACGAGUUCUGGGCGGCCCGGCUGCCGGCGGCGGAGGAUCUGGACUCUGACGCUUCUCCAGACCAGAGGAGAGACUUCAUCUCCCAGAAGUACCGAGAGGGCAGGUACCGACUUCCCCAUCCUGGGUUCAACAGCCAGGAGGAGCUGCUCAAGGUGUUAUGCUCUGCGGUCUCUGAACAAACUCUUUUGAAAACCGUCACCCACAUUUUCGCGGAGGCGGAGUCAGUUCAUUUCUCAGAUGCCUCCAAUGGCUGCCACCCACAUCAUCACCAGCUGGAAUCAGACCUCAGCGUGUACGAUGAGAUCAUGCAGCCAGUCCUUCACUCGGGUUACCUCUACAAGUCCUCCUCGGUCCACAGGGGGACGCUGUCCAGGAAGACCAGAGAAGAUUUCCAGAAGUUCUGGUGCACCGUGGACCGCUCAAUGGUGCUCUACGAGUCGGACCGCUCCUCCGAUCCUUGCCUUCAGAUCAGCGUGAAGGACAUUGUGUGUCUAGGGGUCAGUCGCCCCGAUUCCUCCAACAACAGCAACGGCUUCAUUGACAGGUUCCGUUACACCUUCGAGCUGUAUCUUACUUCAGAGAAACUUUACCUGUUUGGUUUGGAGACGGCUAACGUUCUGCACAGCUGGACCCAAUCCAUCGGGAAGGCCUGCACCCCCCUCAGCUGUCACUGCCUGCUGACCCGGGAGUUUGAGCGCGUUGGCCUGCUGCGGUACCGAGCCAUGCUGGACCCACAGCGGUGGAAGGAGGCCUUCUUCGUCCUGCAGAAGUCAAACCUCUUUAUCUGCCCGCGAACCGACGGGGCAGCGGAGGACAUCAUCAACCUGAACCGCCUGCAGGAACUCAGUGUCACCUUCGAGACUGAGAACCAUGAAAAGAAGGACAUCUUGGUCCUAGUAGAAAAGGGAAGGACUCUGCAUCUGCAGGGCGUGGGCCGCAUGGACUUCUCUCUCUGGUACUCGGACAUCCAGCGGGCGGCCGGAGGCAAAGGCAACGCUCUGCGGGAGCAGCAGCUAAGCAGGAACGACAUCCCCAUCAUCGUAGACAGCUGCCUGUCCUUCAUCACACAGUACGGUCUUGGCCACGAGGGGAUCUACAGGAAGAACGGGGCCAACUCAAGAAUCAAGCUCCUGAUGGAGGAGUUUCGUAAAGACGCCCGAAAUGUGAAGCUGAGAAUUGGAGACCACUUCAUCGAGGAUGUGACGGACGUCCUUAAGAGGUUCUUCAGGGAAGUGGAGGACCCCGUCUUCAUGGCCGACCUCCACUCGCUGUGGCAGGGGGCUGCCAAAAUACCCCAGAAGAGUCUGAGGCUGGACCGCUACAAGGAGAUCAUUCAGAGUCUCCCUCGGGUCAACCGGAGCACGCUGGCUGCCGUCAUCGGGCACCUGUACAGGGUCCAGAAGUGUGCCGAUCUGAACCAGAUGUGCACCAAGAACCUGUCGCUGCUGUUUGCUCCCAGUCUGUUCCAGACGGAUGGGAAAGGGGAGCACGAGGUGAAGAUUAUCGAGGACCUCAUUGACAACUAUCUGUACCUCUUUGAUAUCGAUGAGGAGCAUCAGACUCAGAUCGAGCUGGAGAUCAGCCUCAUCACCACCUGGAAGGACACUCAGCUUUCUCAGGCUGGUGACCUGAUCAUUGAGGUCUAUCUGGAGACGAAGACACCAGACUGCUGCAUCACUCUCAAAGUGUCUCCCACCAUGAGUGCAGAGGAGCUGACCAAUCAGGUUCUGUUCAUGAGGAACGUCCCGGCCGGGGACAAAGACUUGUGGAUGACGUUUGAAGCAAUGGAAGACGGACAGCUGGAGCGUCCAUUAUACCCCAAAGAGAGAGUCCUGGAGCAGGCGCUGCAGUGGUGCAAGAUGGCCGACCCGAGCUCCGCCUACCUGGUGGUAAAGAGAGUUCCUAAAGGAGACGGAAUCACCCUGCUCACCUCCUAUAAGAGUGAGAUCAUGAAGAUCGGUCUCCUGAGGUGUCGAGAAGAACCUCCAAAGCUCCUUCAGGGCAACAAGUUCCAGGAAAGGACGUUCCAGAUCAUAAACCACAAGCUGCUGCUGCUCAAGGACAAGAAGAGCAUUAAGCCAGAGAAGGAGUGGUCUCUGAAGUCCAUGAAGAUCUACAUCGGCAUCCGCAGGAAACUCAAGGCUCCGACCAGGUGGGGAUUUACAGUGAUGUCACACAAACACCAGCUGUUUCUCUGCUGCAGCUGUGAGGAUGAAAUGUGGGACUGGAUCACCAGCUUCCUCAAGGCCCAGAACGAUGACCCGGGUCCUGCGGUCUUGAGACGUCACUUGUCCUCGGACAUCUCCAAGCACAAGUUCGGCACGAUGCCGCUCGUCCCCAUCAGAGGAGACGAGAGCAACAGCAGCAUGCUGUCGGCCAAUCAGACGCUGAGAAAGUUACACGACAGAAGGACUCUCUCCAUGUACUUUCCCAUGAAGGUGCAGCAGGACUCCUUCGAGGAGCGCUCCGAGUCUCCUGGUCUCCCCGAGCCGCUCUACGAGGAGGUCGGGGACUUCGGCCUUCAGGUUCUCAAAUCUUUGGAGACCAGUUUCCUGUCCAGCAGCACCGCGGAGACCCAGGAGGUCCCGGACCUCCGGCUGGUUCCCAUGGAGACAGGACACUCGGGCCGCGUGUUCGUCCCCGAGGUGGCUCAGACCGCCGGCGCCCUGGUGGACUCUCUGAAGCAGAGCAGAGGAGGAAGAGGAGCCGACUGCAGCUCUGCAGCUGGGAGGAGGAAUGAGCAGCUGCAGGGAGUCUGUACACCAUCACAGGAGCUCCUGCUGCAGGAGCUGUCCUCUGCUUUCACCAGGAAGGAGGAGGAGGAGGAGGAGCCGCUGUAUGACGUCUGACUAACGUUUCCCUGAUCAAUAACCUCGUUAAUACAUCACACACCAGGAGAAGAUCUCACAUCCUAUUUAGGAUGCAUCGGAUUCCUUGGCUGAGAGGUCACGUGACCGGAGGACAUCGCUGCUGGUAUCUGGCUGGAAGCCUGAAGGGAGCCGUGGUGUUUAUUAUCUCAUGUUAUAUUAUUUCAUAUUUUAUAUUUUGGUAUAAUACAUAUUUCAUUUUCAUGUAUUCUCUUUAUAACAAGUGUCGUCUUCUCUUCAACAUAAAUCGUCUUCUUCAUAUUCUAUCACUUCCUCUAGGUAUAAAAUGUUGAAUAUGUGGAAUAUUAACUACAAUCUGCACUCUAGUAAUUUGAAUAUAGAGCAGUCAAAAAUGUAAUUAUAAUAUAGCACAUCCUGUAAACAGUUUUAAACAUUUUUGUUAAUUAAUAACUCAUGAAAGUCAACGUUAAUUAUACUAAUCACAUGAUGUUUUUUUUAUCUUAAUAAAAACCUCUUCCUGUG